GAUCAUGUGGCAAGCCAUUACUUUAUUCACAGUGCUAUAACGACACCAGGAGCAACAAUGUUCAGGUCCUGUGUUCUGCUCUGCUUGUCAGUGAUGCUGUACAGCACCACAUCAAGUCCAUAUAAAUCUUGGGAAAAUGAAAAGCAAACAGCAGUUCAAGAUACAAGGUCUUAUGAUAUUAACGAGAAGAUCAUACUAGGACUUAAGGAAGUUGAACCUGUAGAGGAGCAGGAUCUGACAGAGGUUGACCUUGAUCCCCAUAUGGCCAUAUGGAAAGCUAUGAAGCAGUUUCGCCAGCAGAAAGACAAUAAGCUUGAGCACUUGGCUGGAAAUGAGCAGGAUGAAGCCUACCUUGAACCUCAGUACUAUAGGCAAGGCCUGCUAUAUCAAGAAGCCGAGAAGGACCUAGAUGACGUUUACCAUAACAUACAAGGGCUAGUGAAUCAUGAUGACCUCAAAGACAGAGUGGUCCAUCCUGAGAUACCAGAGGCUGACAAGGCUGAAGUGGUGGAACUGCAUGAAUCAAUUGUGUAUUUGACCCCAGAAGAAGACCUAGAUGGCCUGUAUCAUGGAGAUUUUACAGGCCAAGUGUUCCAGGUUCCAGUCAUCUUUCCAGAAGAUCACAAGAAUGUUCAUACAGAACCUGAAGAGGACAAAGAUCACCUCUUCCAUAGCUGAACAAGAAAAAAUUACUUUAAUCAAUGAAAUCCUGUCCUAAAUUGUAAUAGCUUGAAUUUGUAAUAGCUUCUUAACCUUGUAUGUCUCAUUUCGACAAUCUGCACACAGCAGUUAAAGCUCUAAUAAUGAUCUGAAGAUUGCAUGUUUUAUUCUCUGGACUGCCAGAUCCACCUGUGACACAUGAGUAAGGCUCCAAACCUCAUUUGCUCAGUUGUAUGCUUGAAUUGUAUGCUGCCUCAAUUCUAGAAUGCUCAGUAUGGAAAUGCAGGCCAAAUGAAUAAAUGUAAUAAUUAUACGCA